UAAAACGUGUCCUCGCUAACCAAUCAGAACACAGAGAAAUCACACCCUUUCAAAUACUUCCAAAAACUUUCCAUACGCCACAUCCUUAAUUUGCAACAUCAUCAUUCAUUUCCACACAAAAAUUCCAAAAACCAAACCAAACCAAAACAUACACAAACACAAACACAGUUUUAGCUUCAACUAACAAUACCAACCUCAUUAUUAUUCUCUAACACUAACAACAAUGGCUGUUUCAACUAGUUUCUAUGGUCCAAAAUUGGAACCUUUGUUCAUCAAAUAUUGUUCUUCUUCUUCUUCAUCAUUAUCUUAUGUUACUACUCAUCUAUCAUUCUUUGGUAGAAACAGAAAGAGCCUUGUUCAGUGUCAGAGAGGUUCAAUUAUUCGAUGUGAGGCUUCGUCUUCUGAUAAUGCUAACUCUGUUUCUGCUCUACAACAGCUUAAAACUUCUGCUGCUGAUAGAUACACAAAGGAAAAGAGCAGCAUUGUGGUAAUUGGGCUAAGUGUUCAUACUACGCCGGUCGAAAUGCGUGAGAAACUUGCCAUACCAGAAGCAGAAUGGCCUAGAGCCAUUGGUGAGCUUUGUAAUCUGAAUCAUAUUGAAGAAGCAGCUGUUCUGAGCACAUGCAACAGAAUGGAAAUAUACGUUGUUGCACUUUCUCAACACCGCGGUGUCAAAGAAGUCACUGAAUGGAUGUCAAAUACAAGUGGUAUACCUGCAUCAGAGCUUUCAAAGUACCUAUUUUUGCUAUACAACAAAGAUGCAACACAUCACAUUUUUGAAGUAUCAGCAGGACUUGAUUCUCUUGUAAUGGGAGAAGGUCAAAUCCUUUCACAAGUCAAGCAAGUUGUGAAAGCAGGACAAGGAGUUAAUGGCUUUGGAAGAAACAUCAGUGGUCUAUUCAAGCACGCAAUCACCGUCGGUAAAAGGGUCCGAACUGAGACUAACAUUGCGGCCGGCGCAGUUUCCGUGAGUUCGGCUGCGGUUGAAUUGGCCUUGAUGAAGUUACCUGAUCAAGCCUCACAUGGAAAUGCAAGAAUGCUAGUUAUCGGAGCUGGAAAAAUGGGGAAGCUUGUGAUUAAGCAUUUAGUUGCAAAAGGGUGUAAGAAGAUGGUAGUUGUUAAUCGAACCGAAGAGAGAGUCGCAGCGAUCCGCGAAGAAAUGAGUGAUGUUGAGAUAAUCUACAGACCGCUUUCGGAAAUGUUCGAAUGUGUCGGCGAAGCAGAUGUAGUUUUCACCAGCACUGCAUCAGAGAAUCCUUUGAUUUUGAAAGAACAUGUUAAUGAACUUCCUUUAGCAAGCGAAGAAGUCGGACAGAAACGCCUCUUUGUCGACAUUUCUGUUCCGAGAAACGUCGGUUCAUGUGUCAAUGACAUUGAGUCUGUGAAAGUUUACAAUGUUGAUGAUCUUAAAGAGGUUGUAGCUGCUAACAAAGAAGAUAGGUUAAGAAAAGCAAUGGAAGCACAAGUAAUUAUCGACGAAGAAUCGACACAAUUUGAAGCAUGGAGAGACUCAUUAGAAACUGUUCCUACCAUUAAGAAAUUAAGGGCUUAUGCUGAAAGAUUAAGGGUUGCUGAGCUUGAGAAAUGUUUAGGCAAAAUGGGUGAUGAUAUUAAUAAGAAAACACAAAAAGCUGUGGAUGAUCUUAGUAAAGGGAUUGUGAAUAAAAUGCUUCAUGGUCCAAUGCAACAUUUAAGAUGUGAUGGAAGUGAUAGUAGGACUUUGAGUGAGACACUUGAGAAUAUGCAUGCUUUGAAUAGAAUGUUUAGUCUUGAAACUGAGAUUUCUGUUUUGGAACAGAAGAUUAGAGCUAAGGUGGAGCAAAAACCAUAGAGAGAUUAAUAUGAGACCAUUUACAUUGAUUAUUACACUCAUUUAUUUUUCUUAUGAAAGAGAAAAAUACUCACUCUUUUAGUUUUUUAUGGCUUUCACCACCGGUUUAAUCUGGUUCGGGGGUCAACUAUGACAUCAAGUGGUUCAGCCUCCUCCCGAUCGCAGUUUCGUGGGGGGAUCGAAUCAUGGUCCUUCCUAUCAAGUUCAACACCAAUCACCACUAAACCAUGUUUCAGUUGCAUGAUUGAAACAUAAAAUUGAAGUCUCUAUUUUUUAGGUAAUGUAUUUAUAUUAUGCCAUGUUGAAUGUCUGUAUUGUACAAAAUAGAGGAGUUGUGGCUAGUUUUGUAAUUAUCAUCAUCAUCAUAAAUAAUCUAUGCUUAUGAGUUGUGCCCUACUAA